AGUGAAUAUUGAAGUGAAUAAUUUUUAAAGUAAACGUAUUUAAGGAACGAGUAUCUAAGGUAAAAGACGGGUGCGAGCGGUUCGUCUUGGACUCCGCUUUUUUUUUAUUUAGGUGCUAGAACAUGUGGUUUUGAUUGUUGAAUUCGUCCAGUUAUCAAUAGACUGUACGUUGUUAUAGUUAUGCCGCCAUUUCUGCAUUCGAGUGACAGUAUUUGGAUUUGCCGCAAUAUGCGGUGUGCACAAAAAUGAUAUGAGAGUUCAAGUGCGAUAACCAUGAAAUGUAGAGUGGCGUGGAUUGGAAAAAGUCGAUGUCUCGUACAAUGUACAUCUAAAAGAAAAAAAUGCCCUACAUAUGAAUAUAACGGUUAACAUCUGAUUCGGACGGGUUGUUUUGAAGCAUGAAUCCGAAAAAUAUUUUCAUUGAACCCUAAUCUUUAGUUAGCAACGACCCGAAAACUAUCUCAUUUUGAUCGUAGUUUCUGCUCUGCCAGAUCGCUCACGAAGACACGAUUUGAGUGUAUAAGAAAUAUUUUCAAUGCACCACCACUACGUCAACACGAGAUGGAGCCUAAAAUUCCAGAUUUUCUUCCCUAUCUACGACUAUGUGGCCCCGUUUCACGAUCCGUGUUACUUCGAGAAGUUCGGACAAAUUCAAUGAUUAAAAUUUCAACUAAAUUUCGAAAAGAACUGACGGAGAAAGCCAUCGUCGACUUGCGUCUUCUUAUCAAUUUCAACAAUUCGCAGUAUCGAUCCAAUGAUGUACAACCAGUCCCCGGGGAGAUUGUCGCGCGAAGAAGGUUUAAUUCAGUGGUUUUGGAAGCACGUCUCAAGCCAACAUGGGUGAAAUAUAAAGAUUGCUUUUUCAACGAAGUUCCACUUGACAUAACAGCCAUGGUGUUAGAAAACGCGCCCGAAAAAGGGCCCCUCAUGUGCGAGAUAGAAAUAGAACUAGAAUUUCUCAAGGAUUCACGAGCGUCGGGUGUUGCGGAGCUCUUUAUAUCUCGUCAUGUCGAGGCGCCUACUCUGCGCAGAUCAAUUCUUGCCACACAACCGUUUGGUAAAGACGUUGUUAAAAAGAUGCAAUCGAGUCUUGUCGGAUCCGGAAUAGACUCAUGGAUUGUCUCGUUAAAAUGCCCACUGCUAGCUGUUCGCAUAAAUACGCCAGUGCGUUUUGAAAUGUGUCAGCAUUUGGAGUGCUUUGAUCUGGAUGCUUUUAUCGCUAUGGAAAUGAGACGCCCAAAGGGCCGAUGCCCUGUGUGUAACCGGCUUGUGGAACUUCGUACUUUGACACAAUGCAACUUCACAAAAAACAUGCUCGAAGAGAAUCCUAAUUGCGAAAGUUAUCGAAUUUCGACAAACAGUAUCCGGCCAAUUUCGAAUGAGGAAAAGAAUAAAGCGAUUAAAUCGCGAAAACGAAAACAAGAGGUUUUCGAAAAAACAGCCUUCGAACCGGAGAAACGAAAACGGGCUUCCUUUCGAGACAUGGUCGUGAAGCUCCUCAAUAACGAUAAAUCGAGAAAAAUAAACAUUGCAAAUGUUGACGAUAAUCAAAACAGAGCAAUGCUUCAAAAUCAAGAAUCGAUGGAGAACGACGAUUGCGUUGUAAUUUUAGAUGACUGAACGCGUUAAGUUUUGCAUAGCUACGAGUGAGGCGCGACGGCCGUCAGUGCAGAGGUAACGAAAGGCUCCUCAUUCUUUGUUCAGCGCUCAUAGACUAACGUGAUUUAGUCUUGCUCAUUUGAUGACAGCGACAUUUAUAAUAACGUGUACAUAAUGUAAUGUGACGGAGGUAUACAAAAUGACAGGAUCGGCUUCGAAUUUUAUUACUAUCGUCCCCAGAUCGACAGAUACCGGUUCAGCAGCCUGAUAUUGAUGCUCUUGUAUAUUAAUUGAGCGAAGAAUUUCCCUGAUAAAAGCAGUAGAUAGUUUCAAAGGCUACGAAACAACAUCCCACAUGCAUCGGUAUUUCGUUAUAGUAUAAUAUUAUAUCUAAGAUUAAAUGCCGCAAAAGGAUUGAAAUACUGAUCCAUAGGUAUCAUUUUACUGAAACGACCAAUUGUUUGUUUAAAUGGUUUAAAAAGGUGACAAACAGAAUGUUAUAUAAACGUGAAGGAACAAAUAAGAAAUACUGAAAAAGUGAAGAAAAUAUAUGUUUGGUUCCUAGAGCCUUCACAUGAUAUUAUUACGCGUGUGUUAUGCGUUAGCAUCAAUAAGUAUGUUCAUGUGAAAUUGAAGAUUGAAUUACGAAGCUUUAGUGGCAUGCAGGAAGCCUAGAAGCACAGCUGUUUCGAAGUUGUAAAUAGACAUCGGAAGAGAAAUAAAGAGCAAAGCGUGCUUUUGUA